GGGGGCGGGGCAGCGGCUCCUGUCAGCGGGUGAAAUGGCAGCGGCAGAGCCGGCGGCGGCCUCGGUCCCGGGGGGCGGCUGAGGGGGCCGGGCCGGGGCUGCGGGGCAAGCGGCGCGGCAAGGUUCCGGCGACGCGGCCCGGGACAGAGAGGCUCGGCGCGGCGAUGGCGGCACACUUGGCGCAGACAGAGCUGUAACCUGGCCCCGCCCACAGCCGAGGAGCCUGCCCACCAUGGCGAGCCCAACGUUGAGCCCAGAUUCCUCCUCCCAGGAGGCCCUGUCGGUCCCCACCUGCUCCCCCACCUCAGACUCUGAGAACCUCAGCCCAGAUGAGCUAGAGCUACUGGCCAAGCUCGAGGAACAGAAUCGGCUCCUGGAAGCCGACUCCAAGUCCAUGCGCUCCAUGAACGGCUCUCGGCGGAACAGUGGCUCCUCGCUGGUGUCCAGCUCAUCGGCCUCCUCCAAUCUGAGCCACCUGGAGGAGGACACAUGGAUCCUGUGGGGACGCAUCGCCAACGAGUGGGAGGAAUGGCGGCGUCGAAAGGAGAAACUGCUCAAGGAGCUGAUCCGCAAGGGCAUCCCACACCACUUCCGGGCCAUCGUUUGGCAGCUGCUGUGCAGCGCCACGGACAUGCCAGUCAAGAACCAAUACUCGGAGCUGCUCAAGAUGUCCUCGCCGUGCGAGAAGCUCAUCCGCAGGGACAUCGCCCGCACCUACCCCGAGCACGAGUUCUUCAAGGGCCAGGACAGCCUGGGCCAGGAGGUCCUUUUCAAUGUCAUGAAGGCCUACUCCCUGGUGGACCGGGAGGUGGGCUACUGCCAGGGCAGCGCCUUCAUCGUGGGCCUGCUCCUCAUGCAGAUGCCUGAGGAGGAGGCCUUCUGUGUGUUCGUGCGGCUGAUGCAGGAGUACCGGCUUCGGGAGCUCUUCAAGCCCAGCAUGGCUGAGCUGGGGCUCUGCAUCUACCAGUUUGAGUACAUGCUGCAGGAGCAGCUUCCAGACCUGAACACCCACUUCCGCUCGCAGAGCUUCCACACGUCCAUGUACGCCUCCUCGUGGUUCCUCACGCUCUUCCUCACCACCUUCCCCCUGCCCGUGGCCACCCGAGUCUUCGACAUCUUCAUGUAUGAGGGCCUGGAGAUCGUGUUCCGGGUGGGCCUGGCCCUGCUGCAGGUGAACCAGGCGGAGCUCAUGCAGCUGGACAUGGAGGGCAUGUCACAGUACUUCCAGAGGGUGAUCCCCCACCAGUUCGACAGCUGCCCCGACAAGCUGGUGCUCAGGGCCUACCAGGUCAAGUACAACCCCAAGAAGAUGAAGAGGCUGGAGAAGGAAUACGCGGCCAUGAAGAGCAAGGAGAUGGAGGAGCAGAUUGAGAUCAAAAGGCUUCGGACUGAGAACCGGCUCCUGAAGCAGCGGAUUGAGACCCUGGAGAAGGAGAGCGCUGCUCUGGCUGAUAGGUUAAUCCAGGGCCAGGUGACGCGGGCGCAGGAGGCUGAGGAGAACUAUGUCAUCAAGCGGGAGCUGGCCGUGGCGCGGCAGCAGUGCAGUUCCGCCGCCGAGGACCUGCAGAAGGCGCAGAGCACCAUCCGCCAGCUGCAGGAGCAGCAGGAGAACCCACGCCUCACUGAGGACUUCGUGGCCCACCUGGAAACAGAGCUGGAACAGUCCAGGCUUCGAGAGACUGAGACCUUAGGGGCCCUGCGAGAGAUGCAGGACAAGGUCCUGGACAUGGAAAAGAGGAACAGCUCGCUGCCCGACGAGAACAACGUGGCGCGGCUACAGGAGGAACUGAAGGCGCUCAAGGUGCGGGAGGGCGAGGCCGUGGCAUCCACCAGGGAGCUGAAGCAACAGCUGCAGGAGCUGUCGGAUGCCUGGCAGGCCCAUCUGUCCCGUGGCGGCCGCUGGAAGGAGUCCCCGCGGAAGCUGGUGCUGAGCGAACUGCAGGAUGAGCUCAUGAGCGUGCGUCUGCGCGAGGCCCAGGCGCUGGCCGACGGCCGCGAGCUGCGGCAGCGCGUGGUGGAGCUCGAGACGCAGGACCACAUCCACCGCAACCUGCUGAACCGCGUGGAGGCGGAGCGCGCGGCGCUGCAGGAGAAGCUGCAGUACCUGGCCGCGCAGAACAAGGGGCUGCAGACGCAGCUCAGCGAGAGCCGCCGCAAGCAGGCCGAGGCCGAGUGCAAGAGCAAGGAGGAGGUGAUGGCUGUACGCCUGCGGGAGGCGGACAGCAUGGCCGCGGUGGCCGAGAUGCGGCAGCGCAUCGCAGAGCUGGAGAUCCAGAGAGAGGAGGGCCGCAUCCAGGGCCAGCUGAACCACUCGGACUCGUCGCAGUACAUCCGCGAGCUCAAGGACCAGAUUGAGGAGCUCAAGGCCGAGGUGCGGCUGCUGAAGGGCCCACCGCCCUUCGAGGACCCGCUGGCUUUCGACGGGCUGAGCCUGACACGGCACCUGGAUGAGGACUCACUGCCUUCCUCGGAUGAGGAGCUGCUGGGCGUGGGCGUGGGCGCCGCCCUGCAGGACGCGCUGUACCCACUGUCCCCGCGAGAUGCGCGCUUCUUCCGCCGUCUGGAGCGGCCAGCCAAGGACAGCGAGGGCAGCUCGGACAGUGAUGCCGAUGAGCUGGCCGCGCCCUACAGCCAGGGCCUGGACAAUUGAGGCUGAGGCCUGUGCGCCGCCGUAGGGAGCGGCUGCUCCCCAGCCGGCCACAUUUCAUGAACUCUACGCCUCUGUGGCCCCGGCCGGCGGCCCAGCUGCAGCAGAGGCAGAGGGCAGAGGGUAGGGCCCGCAGCAGGCUCCCCCUCCCCCACAGUGUUUACCCAUCCUGGCCCAACCUCUGUGGGCACAGGGCUGCACCCCCAACAGUGAGGACAGGGGGCAUGAGACACAGAGACCCCAGGGUUGAGUGCACUGCAAGUGCCACUCCCAGCUGGCCUCCUCCUGACCACAAGGUGGCCCUGCCGGGAAGGGUCCAGGAGCUAGAGGUCUGAGAAGAGAGAGGCAGCUCUGAGUUGGACAUUAGCACCCUAAGACACCGCUGAACACAGUGACCCUUGGCCAGCCAACCCCUGGCCAGCGGGGACAGGUGGCCGAGCUGGGCUACUCUGCCUGGUGCAGGCCUCCUGGCCCCUGCAGCAGAAACCAAAGUCCCUCUUCCUGUGUGCGGGGCCACCUGGGCUGUGAGGGCCAGUAGGGACAGCUCGGAUCUGGCGGGGUCUCCUGGCUUCUCUAAAGCCUGGGCAGCUGCAAGGAAUGAAGAAACCCAUCUCUCUGGCACCCCGAAUCGUCCCCUGGAAGCAGUCCCCUAUCCUGGCCAGCAAAAAAAGGGUCCCCUCUCCUGCGGGUCGCAGCCUCCAUCCACUCCCAUACCCUCUCUGGGCCCCAGUCCCACCCCACCUCCCCAGGCCAGGUCCUGCCCCAGGGCUGGAGUAUUCCAACAGAGCCACCCCUCUUGCCUCUGAUGGUGGCCCCCGGGUCUCCGUGGUGCCAAAGUCCAGCAGUGUCCCCAGGCCCCUUUCCUCCUUUCUCCCCAGAGGCCUCGUGACCCUGCGGCCGACCCUCUCGGUGCUCCUGGAGCCUGAGUAGAGUAGCCUAGCGUCAGAAGCAAUCUCCCCGGCGCUUCCCGGAGGGGGACCCCUGAUUGGUCCCCUUCCCUGGCCGCCCACUCUUCAGUAUUACAAAGCCUGGGAACCAGGGUGGGCACCUGUGGGGCUCUCCCAGUGUGCCCCCCACCACUGCCCACCACCAUUUUGCACACUGCCUGUUCACACUCCACAUGUUGCCCUGGAGGGAAAGAUGGAAAAUAAAGUGUAUUUACAGUCA